AUGGCAAAAGGAGAGUCCCGGUGGUUCCUGGUUCAGCAGGGCGAUUGUGUUGUCACAGUCCUGCUGGCUGAAGAGGACAAAGUUGAAGAUGAUGUAGUUUUUUACUUGGUAUUUUCAGGUUCUACCCUCCAUCACUGUACAAGUACUCGGAAGGUCAGUUCUGAUACAUUGGAGACCAUUGCUCCUGGUCAUGACUGCUGUGAGACAGUGAAGGUGCUGCUCUGUGCUUCCAAAGAGGGGCUUCCCGUGUUUGUGGUAGCUGAAGAAGAUUUUCAUUUCAUCCAGGAUGAAGCAUAUGACGCAGCCCAAUUCCUGGCAGCCAGUGCUGGAAAUCAGCAGGCUCUGAACUUCACCCGUUUUCUUGACCGGUCAGGACCCCCGUCUGGGGAUGUGAAUUCCCUUGAUGAGAAGGUUGCACUGGCAUUCAGACACCUGAAACUGCCAGCAGAGUGGAAUGUGCUGGGGACAGAUCAUACUUUGCAUGAUGGUGGCCCCCGGGAAACAUUGAUGCAUUUUGCUGUGCGGCUGGGAUUGCUGAGGUUGACAUGGUUGCUGCUGCAGAAGCCAGGUGGCCGAGGAGCUCUCAGCAUCCACAACCAGGAAGGGGCAACGCCUGUGAGCUUGGCCUUGGAGCGAGGUUAUCACAAGCUGCACCAGCUUCUAACCGAGGAGAAUGCUAGAGAACCAGACUCCUGGAGCAGUUUAUCGUAUGAAAUACCUUAUGGAGACUGUUCUGUGAGGCAUCAUCGAGAGUUGGACAUCUAUACAUUAACCUCUGAGUCUGAAUCACAUCCUGAACCCCCAUUUCCUGGAGACAGUUGCACUGGACAUAUUUUUAAACUUAUGAACAUUCAACAGCAACUGAAAACAAACCUCAAGCAGAUGGACAAUCUUAUGCCCUUAAUGGUAACAGCACAAGAUCCUUCCAGUUCACACAGUGCCCCGGGUACAGAUGGUCAGUUCCUUCCCUGUGCACGAGAGCCCAUGGGCAGCCAGCAGCUUUCUUCUCCUGAAGAGACUGAGAGCACUCUGUGCUGCCAAGAGAGGCCACUUGGGCAGAUUGAGAGCUCCUACGAUUUGUCUGGUGCAAUUGAGAAAGAGAAUACAGACUGUUCCUGUAGGAAGAAAAAUAAAGGCGUGGAGAGAAAAGGGGAAGAGGUGGAGCCAGCACCUGUCGUGGACUCUGGAACUGUGUCUGAUCAAGACAGCUGCCUUCAGAGCACGCCUGAUUGCGGAGUAAAGGGCACGGAAGGCCUUCUGUCCUGUGGAAACAGAAGUGAAGAAACUGGAACAAAAUCAUCUGGAAUGGCCACAGACCAGGAGUCUCUGAGCAGCGGAGACAGUAUGCUGCAAGGAGACAUUAUCAUAGAGCCGGGUACAGCCCAGCAUUCCUCAGGAAGUGAACUGGCAGGUGGUUCAACAGACGCCAGUAACCCAGAGCCUGCAGGGGAAAUGGAUCAUAGUCUCAUGAACCCAGAUGCUACUGUCCAGAAGAAUAUGCUUCAAGUAGGAGAAAGAUUUGAGAACUAUAAUACCAGCACAACUGGAGCCUCUGACUUAGAAGUUACAAGUAAACCUGUGGAUAAAGCCAGUGUUCCUAAGUUUGUCUCUGCUACCAGUUCCCAGGGUGGUAACAAACCUGCUGAGUCUUUACUUGCAUUUAGUAAUGGAGAGACCUCGACUGAAAAAACAGAAACUGAAACUUCAAGGAGAAAUUGUGAAGAGAGUGCUGAUGCUCCAGUAGAUCAGAACUCUCUGGUAAUUUCAGCUGCUGCAAAUGCCAAGAUUUCGGAUGGAUUAGAACCUGACAGUUCCUUAGCAGGCAUAUGUGAGGUAAUGUCGCGCUCAGAUUUAACCUUUCUUGGGCUAGGAAAAGAUGUAAUGCCAGGCCAGAAAUCAGAAACAAACUCAUCUCAUGCACAACGCCAAAAUAGCACAUCACCCGUUUGUUCUACAGCUGGAGAUGAUAAUCUUUGCACUGACGCUGCAUGUCAGCAGAGCACAGUGACUUCUAGCGGUGAGUUGGUUGCAAAACAUUGCAAUGACAUAGUUGGCCAGCCUGAAAGCACCACAACACGGCAGUCCAACACACAAGAUCCACUCACUGCUGUCUGCUGUGAAGACCCACAGACUGACACAGUCACCUCUGACCCUGUAAGAGAUAGCCAGGAUCACGUAGAUGUUUGUCCUCGAGAAGUUUUGGAUAAUGAGGACCAGGGAAAAGAUUUGAAAGCAGAUAAACCUUUAACAGAUAUGCUUGAGGUGGUUUUGCAUCCGCAUCCAGUUGUCCCUAAAACUGAGAAAGAACUGGUGCCAAACCAGGCAGUGACAUCAGACAGCACUUUCUCUCUGGCAAGCAGUGCAGGCAGUGAAUCAGUAACCAAAGAUGACGCACUUUUACUUGUCUCCUCCCAGAAAGAAAAGGGAACAGCAACUCCUAAACUACAUACAGCUACAGAUUAUAGAGGUGGCCCAGACGGAGAUUCAGAUGAUCCCAAUAAGCAGCCACUAGAAGACAGUGCAGCAGACCUGUCCACAUCCUCCACUGCUACAGAGCUUCAGUCCAGCAUGGGGAAUACCAGUCCUGUAGGACUUGGUGGGGAGCAAGAGGAUCCUGGCCUCUCAGCAACACCUGAAGUUCUGGAUAUCAUGAGGGGCACUGACUCUUCUCUACCAAGUGUGGGUAAGGCCACUUUGGCCUCUGAUUCAGUUUUGACUGAAGAAGGAAAAAAUCUGGUGGUUCCAGAAGGUGCUGCCACCCAGAGCCAAGAUGACAAGGAUAAAGCAGUGACUUGUUCCUUCAGUAGAGAAGACCCUCUUUCUUCAGGAACAUUGCAGGAAGAGCAGAGAACACCAUCCACUGGACGACAGACACCAGGAUUCUGUGAAAAACCUGUCUCAGCUGCCUGGGCUGAGGACAAAGCACUGCAGCACAGUAACUCACUGGGCACACCCUCUGCCUGUCUUAAGGCAGAAACUAAACAUAAUAAGGAAGUGUCCUCACCAGUCUCACUGCCGACUGAAGGUGGGGCUGCACAGUUCCUGGUGCCACCAGGAACUAGUCUGGCUGCAGACUCAAGGCAGGAAGCUUUGGUUGCAGAGCAGAACAGCUCACCUCUGUUGCCAGGUCUAUUGCCAGAUGGGGCUGAGGCUCUUAAUUGCAAUCAACCUCUUGCUGUGAAUGUUGGAGUAAAGAAUACUCAUUGCCAGGGAAAACCCAGUGCCUGUGAGGUGAGUGGAAAUGUGAUAGAGGAUGUUGCCCUGCUUAAUGCUCUACAGGAUACUGCUGGGACCAGAAGAAAGGAUAUAUCACACGGCCCUGAAGACAUACCAAUUCUAGAAGUCUUGUCGAACCAGGAGAACAUGAUCCUGGGUUUGCCAGGAGCUUUGCCAGACAAAGGUGUGACUGACCUGCAGGGAGCUGCAACCCCAGAGAUGGUGCCUCUUGAUUGGGAGAAAGGGAAGCUGGAUGGAGCAGAGCAUAGCUGCACCAUGGUCGACUCCAAGGAGGCACAAAUGGACAAGGACGCACAUCCUGUCCUGCUGCAGCCUAUAGCCAAGGAGCUCCGCACAGAGACAGGGCUCUCCACCCAUGGUGACAAGGCUGCAGUUGGCAUGAGGGAAGCCUCAGCCACAAGCAGGAAAGGGAGUGCUCCCUCUCUGCCUUGCACGGUCUCUGCCCUAGCUACGUAUCUGCCUAAGGGAGCAGACUCGAUAGAGGAGGCUGCCAGUCGCAUAGUGGAUGCUGUCAUCGAACAAGUCAAGGCCUCAGGAGCACUGCUUACUGAGGGGGAAAUCAGUCAUAAAUCAGUGUCCCAUCCUGAGUCGGGUCCUCUGACUGGACAGCUAGAGGAUGCUUCUACAGAAAAAGUGAAUGCUGUCCUGCCUGGGAAGACCCCACAAACAGACAGUAUUCAUGAAGAAACCACGGGGAACCUUGCAGGGUGUUUUGCUGGAAGGGAGAAGCCAGAGAUUAUUCUGCCUGUCCAAGGGCCUGAGUUGGCAGCAGAAAUGCCAGACACAAAAGCUGAAGAUGAAGUGGAUUUUCUAAGUAAUACCAGAGUGAGGUCAGUUUCUGAAGAGCUGGCUGUAGGGAGGGAAGUCACUGCGCCUGAGAUGAAACAGGGCCUGCAGAUCAAGGAGAUAAACCGAGAAAGCUGGUGUACUAUACAGCCAUGCCCUGAUGCAGUAUCUCUUUUGGCUUCCAAGCAAAGCCCAGAAUGUGAGAACUUCCUGGAUGUUGCACUGGGCAGAGAGUGUGCCUCAAAACAAAGCAUACUUAACAGAGAAUCUGGGAGUGAUUCUAACCUCUUUCACUCACCCAGUGAAGAAAUGGACAGCAUCAUCUUCUCAAAGCCUGAGGAAGAGCAGUUGGCCUGUGAUAUCACUGGAUCCAGUUCUUCCACUGAUGACACAGCUUCUCUGGAUCGACAUUCUUCUCUUGGCAGUGAUGUGUCACUCACCCAGAUUUCAAAGUUGAACAGGUCCAGAGAUCAGCAGAGCCUUGAUGGCUUCUACAGCCAAGGGGUAGGAGCUGAGGGUCGAGAAAGUGAGAGUGAACCUGCUGGCUCAGGUGAAAUGGAAGAGGAAGAGAUGGACAGCAUCACUGAAGUGCCUGCAAAGUGCUCUGUCCUGAGAAGCUCCAUGCGCUCUCUGUCCCCUUUCCGAAGGCACAGCUGGGGUCCUGGGAAGAAUGCAGCCAGUGAUGCAGAAAUGAACCAGCGGAGUUCAAUGCGAGUUCUUGGGGAUGUUGUCAGGAGACCUCCCAUUCAUAGGAGAAGUUUCAGUCUAGAAGGCUUGACAGAAGGAGCUGGUAUUGGAAACAAGCCAACCUCAUCUCUAGAAGUAAACUCUGCCAACACCAAAGAGCUCAGACACCAUUUCGGUGGUGAGGAACAAGGUGACUCUCUGAUGUCACUUUCAGAAGAGGAUCUGGAGUCAGACCAGAGGGAAUGUAGGAUGUUUGGUCAACAGAUAUGUCACAGAUCUAAGCAGCAGAGAUUUAAUUACUGUACAUCAGCCAUUUCUUCUCCCUUGACUAAGUCCAUCUCAUUAAUGACAAUCAGCCAUCCUGCAUUGGACAGUUCUCGGCCUUUCCAUAGCACCAGUGCUAAUCUGACUGAAAGUAUAACAGAGGAGAACUGUAAUUGUUCGCCACAAAGCCCUUCCAAGAAAGAUUUUGAAGGGAAGAGUGGAACAAAAGUCAGUCGUACGUUCAGCUACAUUAAGAAUAAAAUGUCCAGCAGUAAGAAGAGCAAAGAAAAGGAAAAAGAGAAAGAUAAAAUUAAGGAGAAGGAGAAAGAUUCUAAAGAGAAGGAGAAAGACAAGAAGACUCUCAACGGGCACACUUUCACUUCCAUUCCUGUUGUGGGUCCCAUCAGCUGUAGCCAGUGCAUGAAGCCUUUCACCAGCAAAGAUGCCUACACUUGUGCAAAUUGCAGUGCUUUUGUCCACAAAGGCUGCAGAGAAAGUCUGGCCUCCUGUGCAAAGGUCAAAAUGAAGCAGCCCAAAGGGGUUCUCCAGGCGCAUGACACGUCAUCACUGCCCACGGUCAUCAUGAGAAGCAAGUCCUCACAGCCCAAGGAGCGCCCUCGAUCCGCAGUCCUCCUGGCUGAAGAAACCACUGCCAUCCCCAUGUUUGCGAAUAGACGGUCCCAGCAGAGUGUCGCACUCUCCAAAAGUGUCUCCAUACAGAACAUUACUGGAGUUGGCAAUGAUGAGAACAUGUCAAACACCUGGAAAUUCCUGUCUCAUUCCACAGACUCACUAAAUAAAAUCUGCAAAGUCAAUGAGUCAACAGAAUCACUUACUGAUGAAGGAGUAGGUACAGACAUGAAUGAAGGACAACUAAUGGGAGACUUUGAGAUUGAUUCCAAACAGCUAGAAGCAGAGUCCUGGAGUCGGAUAGUGGACGGCAAGUUUCUGAAACAACAGAAGAAAGAUGUGGUCAAACAGCAAGAAGUGAUUUAUGAGUUGAUGCAGACGGAGUUACAUCACAUCCGCACACUCAAGAUCAUGAGUGAUGUGUACAGCCGGGGGAUGAUGACGGAUCUGCUCUUUGAGCAGCAGAUGGUGGAAAAGCUGUUCCCCUGUUUGGAUGAGCUAAUCAGUAUCCAUAGCCAGUUCUUUCAGAGGAUCCUGGAGCGGAAGAAGGAGUCUUUGGUGGACAAAACUGACAAGAACUUUCUCAUUAAGAGGAUAGGGGAUGUGCUUGUAAAUCAGUUCUCAGGUGAGAAUGCAGAACGCUUAAAAAAGACUUAUGGCAAGUUUUGUGGGCAGCACAAUCAGUCUGUAAACUACUUCAAAGACCUUUAUACCAAGGAUAAGCGUUUCCAAGCCUUCGUAAAGAAGAAGAUGAGCAGUUCAGUUGUAAGGAGGCUUGGAAUCCCAGAGUGCAUACUGCUUGUAACCCAGCGGAUCACCAAGUACCCAGUUUUAUUCCAAAGAAUAUUGCAGUGUACCAAAGACAAUGAAGUGGAGCAGGAAGAUCUAGCUCAGUCCUUGAGCCUGGUGAAGGAUGUGAUUGGAGCUGUAGACAGCAAAGUGGCAAGUUAUGAAAAGAAAGUGCGUCUCAAUGAGAUUUACAUGAGGACAGACAGCAAGUCGAUCAUGAGGAUGAAGAGUGGUCAGAUGUUUGCCAAGGAGGAUUUGAAACGGAAGAAGCUUGUGAGGGAUGGGAGUGUGUUUCUGAAGAGCGCAGCAGGAAGGUUAAAAGAGGUUCAAGCAGUUCUGCUCACUGACAUUUUAGUUUUCCUUCAAGAAAAAGACCAGAAAUACGUCUUUGCAUCAUUGGACCAGAAAUCCACAGUGAUCUCUUUAAAGAAGCUGAUUGUAAGAGAAGUGGCACAUGAGGAGAAAGGCUUAUUCCUGAUCAGUAUGGGGGUAAAAGAUCCAGAGAUGGUGGAAGUCCACGCUGGCUCCAGAGAGGAACGAAACAGCUGGAUGCAGAUCAUUCAGGACACAAUCAACACCCUGAACAGAGAUGAAGAUGAAGGAAUUCCUAGUGAGACUGAGGAAGAAAAGAAAAUGUUGGACACCAAAGCCCGGGAAUUAAAAGAACAACUUCAACAGAAGGACCAGAAGAUCCUGCUCUUGCUGGAAGAGAAGGAGAUGAUCUUCCGGGAUAUGACUGAGUGCAGCACUCCCUUGCCAGAAGAUUGCUCCCCGGCUCACAGUCCUAGAAUCCUCUUCCGCUCCAACACAGAAGAGGCUCUCAAAGGAGGACCUUUAAUGAAAAGUGCAAUAAAUGAGGAUUUACAAAGUCCUAAAAUGAAUGUUUCCAUUUUGUUCCUUUUGCAGCAGGUUGUCCAGAGCAUUGUUCAUCUCCACGAACUCCUCAGCACUCUUCAGGGCGUGGUGUUACAGCAAGACAGCUACAUCGAGGACCAGAAGCUGGUGCUGAACGAGAGGACGCUCACACGGAACUCAUCGCGCCCCAGCUCCCUCAUCGAGCAGGAGAAGCAGCGCAGCCUGGAGAAGCAGCGCCAGGACCUGGCCAACCUUCAGAAGCAGCAGGCACAGCACCUGGAGGAGAAGCGUCGGCGCGAGCGCGAGUGGGAGGCCCGCGAGAGGGAGCUGCAGGAGCGCGAGGCUCUGCUGGCCCAGCGCGAGGAGCAGCUGCAGCGCGGCCAGCAGGACCUGCAGCGGGAGCGCGAGGAGCUCCAGCAGUGGAAGGGCACCUACCAGUGCGACCUGGAGCGGCUGCGCGCCGCCCAGAGACAGCUCGAGAGGGAGCAGGAGCAACUGCAACGUGAUGCGGAGCGGCUCAGCCAGCGGCCAGGGGAGCAGCGGGACCUGUGUCAGGUUUCACAUCAACAUAACAAGCUGAUGAGGAUCCCAUCCUUCUUUCCCAGUUCUGAAGAGUCCCCCUCACCAUGUGUACCUUCAGUAGCCAAAUCAACGUCAUUGGACUCAGAACUUUCUGUGUCCUCAAAAAGGAACAGCAUCUCUCGGACACACAAAGAGAAGGGGCCUUUUCACAUACUGAGUUCAACCAGCCAGACAGACAAAGUGCAGGAGAGGCAGAGCCAGGCCCCUGCGCCCCCCUCGGCCUCCAGCCGCCUGUUCGGGUUAGCUAAGCCACGGGAGAAGAAGGAGAGAAAGAAGAAGAGCAAAGCCAGCCGCACUCAGCCUGGUGAUGGCCCUGCAUCAGAAGUGUCAGCAGAGGGCGAAGAGAUCUUCUGCUGACCCUUUUCCUCUCUGCUGAGGCAGCUGCCUCCUGUCCUGGCCAGUGGUUCCAAGCCCCACCUCUCCUGCUGCCCCCAUGUGUUCAAGUCUCUUACACUGGACGCCCACUGCUCUCCAGCGUCCAGUGCUCCUGGGCUGCCCCAGGUUCUGGACAAGAAAGAACAGAUUGUCUUGAGUGUCAGGGUUGGGAAGGAGGCCCAGACUAAGUUUUGGCCAUGAUUUGUGACUGCCAAGGACUCAUGGGUUGGGGCUGGCCCUACUCAAAUGUUACACUGAAAAUAGUGGCUUCAAGUACAGGCGAUGGCUUUGGACAUGUCAGGAAUUCCUAAAGGCUGCAAGAGUGUUUCCAAAUGAAGUCUGAAACUGACUGCCUUUUGUUUUGGGGAACACAACUAAAAUCAAACAGCAGACAGUUUGGACUUUUUCUGUGUACAUGUAUAGUGACCCAUCUGCAUAUCUGCCUGGGGCACACCACAGAUGUGCACAGCCUGCACCAGGCAUCUCAUCAGCAUAGGUCAGCAUGAGAGGGAAUGCCUGUACCAAGUAGGUGGCCUGUGGGUGCUCAGUACAUCACCCUGUAGUCCUCAGAGAUUGGGUCCCUUUAAACCCACCCUGUGCACACAUCACCCCUUUUUGCAUGCAUUUCUCGUUUCAUUUUAGAAGGGAUGACAUUUGUGAAACCAGUGAGAGAAGACUUGAUGUGUAUAAGAAGCAUAAGAUCUGCACCACCUUGAUCUCAGUGUUUCAGACACUUAAAAAAAAAAAAAGUAGUAUCUCAUUUCAUCGUUAAAUCCAGAAGAAAUAUACAGGCUUUCCAAGAUGGUUCCCCACAUAUUCUGGGCACAGAUGAAGUGGAGAGGCCACCUCACCAUUAUUUUGCACUUGUGACACUUUUUGGUUGUCACUGACCACUCAGAAGGGGCCACGGCCUCCUGGGAAUUUUCCUGAGCUCUCCUAGUGGCUCCCCAGGGCACUGCUGCCACCUGGCCCUCACUGUGGAGGAGAGCGUGGGCCACCUCACAGCACCACUAGGGCUGCCUGCCACUUCAGCCAGGUUGUGCCAGCCUCCCGGCCAGAACCAGGCAAGAGCUGGGCUCUUAGGCCUCUGAGAAGUUGUCCCCAUCCCCACCCCCAGUCCCCCCACGCUAGGACAGCUGGCCCAGACAUAGGUUCAGGUGAAGGGGUUAGCCCAUGUGUAACGGUUAGUGCCAUACCAGCCAAGAGAGGAGCUAGCCAGGUGUGGCUAGGAAAGCUCUCGUUCUGUCAGGGGCCUCAGUAAAAUUUGAUUUCUUAAAAAAUGUUUUAAAUCUGGAGGUCUAUUGAUUAUUGGUUGUAUUCUACCCCUUAAAGACGUCACACAUGCUGCUUGUUUUUCUUUUCUCUUUGCACUGUUUUGAUCCUUGUUUGCUUGAGGCUUUUUCCCUGCUGGUAUGUGCAGGACAGUUCAUUGGUAAUGUUUCCCUUGGAGGCCCCACAUACCUGCCACAGUUGGUACUUCCCACGAGGGGAGACCCUGGAAAAUUCUGUGUUUCAAAUGUGGCCUUCAGUUCCUGCUUUUUGCCUCUCAGAAGUGUGGGGCUUUGAAUAUACUUUUAAAAACAAAACAAAAAAAAUCUGUAACUUGGUGCUUGUUGAUGAAUUGCAAGCUGGCCUUGCAGAUGGAGGUAUUUAUCUUUCAGUUUAUUUGAAAGAGAUCUGGUUUAAAAUUUUUAGCCUAGAUUUGUUUUAUUUAUUUUGUGUGUGUGUGUGUGUUGCGUGCACCAAUACGAGUCCAACAGUUGGAACUGAUGGAUGCAGAUGGAGCAGCAGCCAGCGCUGCUUGCUCAGCAGCAUCUUUCCAGGUGCCUCAAAGGCCCAGAUCAAAACCAAGGGCUGGGGAAGGGGUCCGUGCCCUUCCCUCCCCCGAUCCCCAUCUCAUUCUUUUAUCAAGGAAUGUCUUCCAUGUUUGAGAAUUAAGAACCUUGCCACCUGUGAGCUACCUUUGUUUUUGUGAUGGAGAAUUCUUACCCUUUAGAAAUAGACUUUUAAGACCAAAACCAGCUGAUUUUCCUAUUGAAACCUUGAUGUACAUCCCCAAAGACCCUAAACAGCAAAAAGUCAAGUUGCUUCCCUCCACCAAUCCAUACAACUCCAAGCCACAACUGAAGCCUGUCAUAAUCUUGCUCAGACCCAGCAUGGGGCUCAGCUGUUGGUCCUUGUCACUGGCUCCUCCUCCCACAAAGAGAGGUGCUCUGCUAGCAGGGAAGGACCCGGCUCCCACCUAGGGUUCACAGGAGGGUAGUAUUGGAAGAUGACCUUCAUUUCUUCCCUGUGUAGAUAGACAUAGGCCCAACGACCCUGUUCUCUGGGUUUGAAACAAUUGGGGGUUAGUGCUGAUCAGAUUUACUCUCACAGAUGGUCUUCACAAAAGUGCUAUGGAUAGUGUAAGUUAAUAUACAUCGCUGCACAGCUUGGUUUCUGUUUUAAAGGGUCUUUUACUCCCAUCCAGCUGCAACGUUUAACUUGCCUUGAUUGUUUUGGUGGUAGUUUUUAAGAAUGGAGAUUUCACCUCUACCCACAGCCCACUAAUUUAAAAAGAUUUGGUCAGGUUCUAGUUGGACAAGUUUAGAAUCAGAGAUUCAGAAGGUCAUCCCCUGAAGUCCCCCAUGCCACCCAACUUUGGGACUAUAUCUGCAUAGGUGCAGAAAGAACCAGUUACCAAGAACUGCUCUUACAUGCCUUUGUAUCUCUCUCCCCCUUGACACCGACCUCACGGGGAUUUAUUAUUGUGCUUGGGGAAUUGCCUGGGAUUGUUGCUGCUUGUGCUUUCGCAUAUGACCUUGAGAACUAAAGCCCCACCUGGAUCUCUCUCCUGUGUGAUUUUCUAGGGUAGCUCAGAUUGAAUUCCCACACUGUUCUCCAUACUAAGAAGCCAUGUUUUCUCAUCAAACUAAAGAAAUCAGAUUCCUGAAAUUGUGCUGAGAUCUUGGGGGACAGAUGGAGAUACUAUCCAGAGUCUCUAGAUUUCCAGAAUCUAGUGAACUUCCUAGGAGGAGACUACAUAUUCUCUCAAAUUAUUAUCAUCUCAGUAGUUGUCAUCCCAAUCGGGUGACAUGCACUUUAAAUGCUCUCAUCAGUUGGCUUCAUUUGAGACAAUCAAAUAUGUUAACUGUUUUCUUGGAAAAUGGAGAGGGUUAAAACCGUGUAAAUUGCCAUAUCCAGCCUUUACCAACAUUCCCUCUACCACCACCCUGUCCUGCAAGAGCUAUCUGUGGGGAAGAAAUUCUUAUCAAGAUUGUUUUUUUGAAAAGGUACGAAUCUUACCUUUUUUCCUCUUAACAUGUCUCAGGGUAAUACCACUAAAAGUUCUCCCUUUACUAAUUUUCUCCUUUAUUUGUUGUCUUCCCAAGGCCUCAAUAUUAGUAGUAAGCUCAAAUUUUUGAGACCCUUGAGGUUUUGUUUGUCCCUUUAUUUGGGGGGAAUGGUAUUAGUGUGCAGGGGUGAAUUAAAUAGGCCCGCCCUAAGUGAAAGUGGAACCACACCUUAUUGGCCAGAACUUGGUUCAGAAAUUGCUAUCCAUAGAAAGACUUUAUAUUUUGUUCUUUUGUCUCUAAGACUGUUUUUCUAUAGCCAGUUCAUUUGUCCCAACGAUUUUAGGAUUUGCAUUGGAGAUGAAGUUCACCAUAACAGUGGGUGGCCAGCUGUGCCCACAGGAUAGCCUGGCCCUGGCAGGGGUUUAGAAAGACAGUCCUGGUGAAGGAGUUUUGGUGGCCAGAAAGGGAGGCACUGAGGUGACCCCAGAUACUGCAAAAGGAUGUCCACCCUCUGUGCUUGGGCACCCUUGGAUAACAGUGCCAAUGGUCGCAGGAGACCCAGUGCCUUGCUUUCCUUCAGCAGGACCAUCUUGGCAUGCACCCGUUUACGUCUUGGGGCCUGUCCCAGCUAGCCCUGUCGCUCCUGUCCAUCCUCAGAGGCAAAGAAGAGUGCAAAGAGUUUGGGUCUGGCUCAUAAUUUUUCUUUCAGUGUAGCAUAACAUUCCUAGUUAAUCAGAGUUUGGAAUCUACUGCCUGCUGGCCAGGUUUUGAAAUGAAAAUUAUUUUAAUUCUGCCAUAAAUGAAAAAAAAAAAAGGAAAACAAAGGCAUCUUUCCAGAUCUAAUUUAAUUUGUCACAAGUCUGACAGGCUAUGAAUUAUUUCUCCAUCUGGCUAUGGCUUAAAGAUGGGCAGCCCCCACUGUCUAAGCGUCCCUGUCAUAGAAGUGGGUUGACCUUCCUGGGAACCAGGUAGGCCCCGCCUGUGCUCAGGGACCCUGGUCACUGCACAUCGUUCACCCCCAAGCCCUCCCCAGCAUGAACUUGCCCCUGCCUUUCGUCAUUGCCUGACGGGAUGGACAGUCCCAGACACUGACGUGGGAUAUUCCCAGCUAUUUUGCCUGUGGCUUAAGUGUAGCCUUGUGGCUUCCUCUGUGUGAAUUACCCGUUUAGGGUGCACUCAGGGAGGCAUGAGGAUUUUCAGGAGGGUGGUUAGGAUACACCUAUACCUCUGCUCUCAUUGGUUGUUUCCAAAUGCUGUAUGAACAUUUCUGUGCUAAAUCCUGUUAAUAAAAAGACGGGUUAAAACCCAAGUGCUGUAUAUUAAUUUGUAAUUAUGUACAAAGCGAAGCAGUUUUAAACUGUAAAGAUUUUUUUUUCAGUGUGUUUUCUGAAAUUUUGCCCCAACAUACUGGCUUUGUAUUUUAUUUAUCUUCCUUUCUAGUUAUCGGCUUCAGACUCUUGUAAAGUCCCCCCUCAAACCUUUCAAAAAAAUAAAUGUCCUUUGAAGUCUUGA